GACCGUCACCGCCAUGGACGUGGUCUACGCUCUCAAGAGGCAGGGCCGCACUCUACUCUUGUAGAUCAACAUGAGCGGCAGAGGAAAGGGAGGUAAAGGACUCGGUAAAGGAGGCGCCAAGCGCCACCGGAAAGUCCUCCGUGACAACAUCCAGGGAAUCACCAAGCCCGCCAUCCGCCGUCUGGCUCGCCGCGGGGGAGUCAAGCGAAUCUCCGGCCUCAUCUACGAGGAGACCCGCGGUGUGCUCCAGGUCUUCCUGGAGAAGGUCAUCCGUGACGCCGUCACCUACACAGAGCACGCCGAGAGGACGACCGUCACCGUCAUGGACGUGGUCUACGCUCUCAAGAGGCAGGGCCGCACUCUGUACGGCUUCGGGGGUUACACAGUAAAUUUGGUAGUGUUAAAGCAAUACCUAUAGAGUCGAAUUUAACACCGUUUCCGAGUCUAUAUGUUCCCUAUCGGAAUUGGUGUUAAUGUUACUCUUUCAACAGUGUUACAUUUUCAGAGUUAAAUUGAACUCUAAAUCGAGUAAAAAUUUUACACUGGCUAACACUGUGCAGUGUUAAUAAAACUUAACACUCCUAGUAAUAAAAUAAUAAAAUAACUCUGUUAAUAACCUACCUUUUAAGCUAAACUAAAAGGUAGGUGGAGAAAUGUAAAAAGAAAUAAACUCUUGUGCAAGUUAAA